GAAGAGUUUAAUAAUAUAAAAACAACAAAAGACCUUUUUAAAGUUUUACAGUGAAAGUACAUAUCAUGGUUCAACUAUGAACUAAUAGUCAAACUUGUUGAUGUAUUCCUAGCUGAUUAUCAAUCAUUGAAAGGAACAUGGUCAGGUUACAAGGAGAAAUUGAAGGAUUAUUUUCUUAACAGUGGUGGCUUAUUAACUGAUGCUGAUGCUUUUGAAUUUGGUAUAACAGAUGUUCCUCCUGGUACACGAGUAAUGAUUGCUAAAGUUGAUCGUGAUGACUACACACCAGCUGACCUCUUCUUCUUUCGUCGAGCAAUACCAAAAGAACUAAAUAUUCCUCAUGUUAAUUUAUACUUCAGUUUUGUUCGUAUUGGGUCUCUACAGCUGCUACAUAAUAUUCCUGAUUACCUAUACUCUGCAUUGUUCCCUCUAUCUACUGAGAUACAGCAACAGUUAGCUAGUAUUGGUAUCACUAAACUAACAUGUGGUGAUUAUAAAUAUGAUCUUAAAAAGUUCUCAGCAUCACAAGAGUUGCAGCAGUCAAUUCAAUCAUCUUUAGAUAUUGUGACUUUCCUAGUAGAUGACAUGAAAUGUGAUGUCACUGCUACUGAUACUGAUGGUAGUAAUUGUAUCCUGUUUACCAGUUUUUCAGGUAAUCUUGAUCUAGUACAAUUACUGAUACAACGAUACAAGCUUGAGCCUAUCAAUAUUAAUAACACUGGUUUCUCAGUAUUACAUGCAGCAGCACAGACUGGUCAUACUCAUAUACUGGAAUGGUACAAUCAGGAGUAUAGUGUGGAUAUUACUAAUCACACUAACAAUAACAAGUACACACUAGCUCAUGUAGCUGCUUAUGGAGCAUGUGAAGGAGGCCAUGUUCCUGUUGUACUUUAUCUCACUAGUCUUCCUCAGUGUAAUGUAGCAGCUAAGACUUCUAAUGGAUCUACAGUUCUUCACAUUACCUGUGAGUACAGUGACUCUCUUUCUAUACUCAAAAAUCUGGUAGAGAAUCAUCAGUUAGAUCUGUGUGCUGUGAAUGAUAAUGGAAUGGCUCCUAUUCACUCAGCAUGUAUUAAUGGAAGAUUGAACUUGAUCCAGUACAUUAUAGAACACAUACCAUCAUCACUUGAACUACCUCACAGUAAACAUGGUCAUACUCCAUUCCUUGCUGCUGUAUACUUCAAUCAGUUAGAAGUUAUUAAAUAUCUUAUUAGUAAGAAGUGUAAUCUAUCAGCUACUGAUGAUGAAGGGUCUGGAGCAGUUCACAUAUCUGUAGCGAGGGGUCACUUGAAUGUAUUAAAGUAUCUCAUUGACAAUAAUUAUUGUAAUCCUAAUGCAACCAGUCAUCAAGACUGUACACCACUCCAUUUAGCUGUAGCAGUGAACCAACUUGAUGUAUUAGAGUAUUUACUGAGUAAGAGCAUACCCUCAAUGAGUAUUGUCUGGUUACGUGAGAUAAAGUGUUUAUUAGACAGUCCUCAUGACAUAUACAAUAAUCCACAUAAUGCUGUACUUAUUAAUGUACAAGAUAAAGAUGAUAAUACACCCUUACAUUUAGCCUGUCAACAUGGACGACAGAAUAUGGUAUCACUAUUGCUAAAAGCCAGUCUGUCUCACAGUGAUCUAUUUACUACUAACAAGAAAGGACAGACGCCAUUACAUUUAGCAGCUGCCUCUGGUCAUAAGGAUACCUCUGAAGCUUUACUGUUCUCAGUCACUGGUAGUUCUACUCAUCAUGAUCUCCUUACAGCUACUGAUAAUGAAGGUUCCACUGUAAUUCAUACAGCUUGCAGUGAUGGCAGCAUUGAUAUGUUUCGUUAUUUAUCCAGUAUUUAUCCUCAAGGUGUUAAUGUAAUGGAUAAUAGAAGCCGUGGUUUACUUCAUGCAGCAUGUAAGGGAGCAGAUAUUGAGAUAGUAAAAGAGUUAAUCGAGAAAUAUAAACAAGAUCCUUUAUUGGAAGAUGAUGAUGGUAUCACUUGCUUGCACUUACUAGCAGAAAUGAAAAAAGUUGAAUCUUUUUUAAUGAGAAUGAUAAUGGAUAUUGCAGCAAGAACAAAAAUUGAUAUAUAUCAGUAUUUGGAACCAAACAUUGUCUCUAAUCCAGUGCCUAAAGACAAGUCUGGUCGUACUCCUCUUCAUUAUGCUUCUCGUUCUGAUAAUAUUCGUAUGGUACGUUAUCUCAUAGAGACCUUCCCCUGUACUCCUGAUGAUCCUGAUAAUAAUGGAUACACUUCAGUUCAUGGAGCAUGUGAAGCUGGUAGUAUGGAGUUAGUACAAUAUUUUCUAACUGAACUCAAUUGUAAUGCACUAGCUGAAACCAAUGACUUCAAUACGAUGCUUUAUUUUGCUAGCAAGAAUUCUAAUUUGGAACUUGUUCAAUUUCUAGUUGAAAGAUAUGAUUUAAAGCCUCGUCUAAAUGAUAUUGAAGUAGCUCGGGCCACUAAUCCUGAUUCAUCAAUAGUUAGGUAUCUUGAAAAGGUGAAUCAUGAUAUGAUUCCUGAUAUGGUUGAGGAGGAAAGAAGAAGGGUUUCAAAGCGAACAACAACAGGUGCAGGUAUUGAGGAACAUCAUAGCACAAAAAGAACCAAAUUAGGAGAGGAUGAGGCAUAA